AAUGUGGCCUCUUGUGCAAGUUCCUUACCUUGGGUGUGACGGCCUCCAUCUUCAUCUCCGUGGGGAGCAUCGUGAUUCUCAUGUCAUGUCUGCUGGCUGUCGUCUGUUGCUGCCGCAAGUGGUUGUGCCGGAAACCUCAAGACGUAUCCUCAUUUGGACCCACAAGCACCACAACUGCAGGUGUGGUUGCCAACGGCGGGGGAAGUGUUGUUGGUAGCCUGACAGCACCGACAGCAUUCAGCAACCAUGCCUACACACACCAGGGCUACUACCCUAUGCAGCCAGUGUACCAGCCGUCUCAUGGCUCUGUCUAUUCCUACACCAAAGACACAUUCUCUCAAAUACCUGGCAGUGCCUCUUACCAGCCCUCACAGCAUCGAUCAUACACACCCACCAGUAGUAAGUCAGGGAAAUCAAACAGGUCCAAUAACAGUACCAGUGUUACUUACAGCCAGGGCACCGAGAAACUGUCUUUGCCAGUUAAUCUUUGA